AAAUUAAGCCCUGGAUCCGCCACUGGUUUUGCUUAUAGAGGUUAAUUAAAAAAACAUAUUGAAGUUUAUAAUUAUUGUACCUUUGUGAUUUCAUUGAUGAAAUAAAAUAAAAAAAAAAAAUCAUGUUGUGUUUUUUGCAAGUAAAAAGGUAUAAAAAGUUCACAAUGGUGUUUCGCCCUAUUAUCCUAGCUAUCAUAGAUAUCUAAUUUAUUCAGAUGGUCAGUAAUAAUAUUAUUAAAAUAAUUGUGACAAAUUAUGCAAAAAUCAGAUUAUUAUUAUUAUCCAGGUAAUUAGGUAGGUAUAGCCGUAUAGGUAUUGUAAUUUAUUGUACGUAUAUGUCAUGUGUAUUGUGUUUAGGUUUAUAUUGCAGCUUUCACUUCCUCAUAAUUUUAAUAAAAAAUAUACAAAUCGUAUAUAUUCUCAUUUUACAUUAUGUUUGAUAAUUUUAUACAACAGUUAAAAAACUGAACUCACUUUUGAAUAAGCAUUAUAUCUCAUAUCUGGUAUCGUCCGCACAAACCUCGUCAAAUAUGUCAUUUGUUUUCGGAAUUUGUUUAGUCUUAACCGGAUUGACGUAUGCAGAAGUCCGCAUAACAAAUCACCAAGAAUUGAUGGACGAAGGGUUUAACGGUUUCUUAACGUGCUCGUCGCAACUAGGUCUAAAUAUUGAAGUGUGCAGUGAUUUGUUGGAUCCCAAGUUAGAUAGUAGUGAUGCCAAAUACGACGGUUGUAAAUGUUUUUUACCAUGCAUGGCUAAAAUAAUAGGAACUAUGAACACCGAUGACGGUAAGUGGAACGAAAAACGAUAUUGGGAAAUUAUCGCAAUGCUCAAUGUACCCGAGUGGAAACACGAGGCAGAAGUAAUUGGAAAUAAUUGCAAUGACAGAGUGAACACGCAUUGUUCAGCUGGUUAUCCUUUAUUUCUGUGUGCGUUAAAACACUCUAAAAUGCUUCAAGAUAUGGCAAAGACUCAUAUGAUUCAAAAACAAGCAGCUAUCGAAGCAAUGAACAGUACAAAUGCCGAAUAUGAAGACGACGAUCAAAAUGAUCAACCUACAACACAUUAACCAUAAACGGGUCACAUAAAAUUAAUUGUCUGUAGUGUAUGCGCUGUACACUGUACCUAUUUAUCAUUACUCUAGACUCUGCACAUACACACAAAUACACACACACAUUAUUUACUAUAUGUAUUCAUUAAAUAAUUGUUCUAUUUCUGUAAUAAAAUAUGUCUCUUGAUUAAUUAUACAAAUAUAUGGUUAAUAUGGGAUGAAAUGCUGAUGAAAUACAAAUAUUAUAUGAACCAUGAAUGAUGAAUCAUAAUACAGGAUGGGUUUUCCUACUCUUUGAAACCUCAAACAUUAAGAAAUUAGAACAAUUUGAAGUUCAUGGGAGAUUGAGGUUUAAACUCAAACUCAAAUAGUUCUAAAAAUCCGAUCAUAA